UACAUUCAUCGCGGCGGACACGGCCAUCCCUGCGUCAAGAGCUUGCUAGGGUGUCAGACCUAAACUUUACGCUGUUUUUGGCGGGAGGUCUCCGUUCCAGCUCUAAACGAUGGAGCGAGAAACACAGCAACCUUCGAUGGGGAUUCAGGAGAAUAGCUCAGACGGUCCUCGCCAAAUCAGUUCGGAUCGGGUCAAUCGGGUAAAGAAGCUUCUGUUCCGUCGAAUGCUUGUAGGCAUUAAAGAUGGGAGGUUCUUCUUGGGUGGAUUCUACUGUAUGGACAAGCAAGGGAACAUUAUUCUCCAGGACGCCGUGGAGUAUCGCAGCACACGGCGAUCCUCGCCUUCUCCGAUGGAGCAGAGGUGCCUUGGCCUUAUUCUUAUCCCUUCUUCAUGUCGCACAUCUUGCCAUGUGGAUUGUUCAGUGGACGAACAGUUGUCACUGCUAUCACUCAAUGCAAAGGACUGGGAAUUUGCCCCUUUCAAUAAAAGGAGAUGGACAAGCUUUAUUCUCCCCUCUCCCGCAUUAGAAAGUUCAGGAAAUGACAUUCUUAAUUUCGAAGCAAAGAGCAUCAUUUGAUCUACAUUGCCUCUGAAACUAGGAAUCACUCAUAUGUAAAUAUUUUUUAGACUAAUCUAAGCGUGAUUCUGAAUGAUUGAGCAUGAAGCCAUUAAAAACAUCCCGUUCUGCUUCAUUUUCAUAUGGAGAGAAAAAGAAGCUAAGAAUGCAUUGUUUUCUUCAUUUUCGUGAAAGAAGCUCUCUGCUCCAAGAAGUUAAAAGAUCUUCACACAAUGUGACCGUGUGGAAAGAGUGGGUUACCAUGGAGAGCUUGUUCAUAUGGUCAAAAUCAGAGUCAUAACAAUAAAGCCCUUUUUUUUUUUUAUGGCAAUGGAGGUUUGAAUCAUGGGUUUUAAGUUUU